GGGCUGUAACUGAGCCUUUGCAGCCCUCAAAGUCCCCACAGAAGCAUCCGAGGCUCCACAUUCAGGUGCAGGAGGCAGUGAUGAUCCAGGAGGGUCUGUGUGCCCUAGUGCCCUGCGUCAUCCUGUACUCCCGGAGCGUUUGGAACCACUCUGCACCUGCGUAUGGCUACUGGUACUGGAAAAAGAAGAAUGUUAAUAAACAGGAAGAACUUGUGGCCACAAAUGAUCCAGAUAGGGAGGCUGACGUGACCAAAUCUCCUUUCCAACUUGUUGGGGACCCCAGGGCUAAUGACUGCUCCCUGGGCAUCUCAGAGCCUCGGAAGGAGAACAGUGGACGUUAUUUUUUUCGACUGGAGAGAGAAUCUGAGAAACUUGCUUCCAAAAGUUCCCUGCUCAAUUUGACCAUCACAGGACUGACACAGCUCCCAGACAUCCACAUCCUGGAGCCCUUGGAGUCUGGCCGCCUCAGCCUCCUGAAGUGCUCCAUGCCAGGGGCCUGCAAGGGAGACCUGUCCCCCACCUUCUCCUGGACUGGGGCUUCCCUGAGGUCACUGGGAUUGGACUUGGAGGCUUACACCACCUCAGAGAUCAAGGUCACUCCCCUCCCACAGGACCACGGCACCUACCUCACCUGUCGGGUGACCUUGCCCAAGAUUGGUGUGUCCACAGAGAGGACUGUCCAGCUCAAUGUGUCCUUCCUAGAGUCCCAAGGAAACGUUACAUUUCUGGAAGCCCAGAAAGGCCAGGUCCUGCAGCUGCUGUGCACAGCUGAGGGCCAGCCACCCGUCACACUGAGCUGGGCCCUGGAGAACCGAGUCCUCUCUAGGUCCCAUCCCACAGGCUCCAGAACCCUGGGGCUGGAGCUGCCUGGGGUGAAGCCUGGGGAUGCGGGGCACUACACCUGCCGAGCAGAGAACAGGCUGGGCUCCCAGGACCGCACCCUGGACCUCUCUGUGCAGUAUCCUCCAGAGGAGCUGACAGUCACAGUCUCCCAAGCAAACAGGACAGAGCUGGAAAUCCUCAGAAAUGGCUCAUCCCUCCCUGUCCUGCAAGGCCAAAGCCUGCGCCUGGUCUGUGUCACCCACAGCAACCCUCCAGCCAGGCUAAGCUGGGUCCAGGGGACAAAGACCCUGAGCCUCUCCAGGUCCUCAGACCCGGGGGUCCUGGAGCUGCCCGUGGUCCAGGAAGAGCAUGAAGGAGACCUCACCUGCCAGGCGCAGAACCUGCUGGGCACCCAGCAUUUCUCUCUGAGCCUCUCUGUGCACUGUGAGUGGAUGAGGGGACACCUGGGGCCUGGGACAAGGGGACACCUGCUGAUCCUCUCUUUCCUCCCCACAGACCCACCCCAACUGCUGGGCCCUUUCUGCUCCUGGGGGGCUGAGGGUCUGACCUGCAGCUGCUCCUCCCGAGCCUGGCCACCCCCCUCCCUGCGCUGGUGGAUGGGGGAGGCUUUGCUGGAUGGUGACAGCAGCAAUGCCUCCUUCAUGGUCACCUCCAGCUCAGCGGGGACCUGGGCCAACAGCUCCCUGAUCCUCCACGGGGGGGUCAGCUCUGGCCUCAGGCUCAGCUGUGAGGCCCGGAAUGUCCACAGGGUCCAGAGAGCCACUGUCCUGCUGCUGCCAGGGAAGGCCGAGCUGGGGACAAGCCCCCUGCUACUGGUCAUGGGGGGAGCUGGUGUAGCCACUCUGCUGUGUUUCUGUGCUGGUCUCAUCUUCUUCAGGAUGAAGUCCCGUAGACAGGCCCACAUGAUGGAUGCUGCCAGGUCUGCAGCGGCUAGGAAGGCUGCCUGUGUUCCAGGUCCCAUCUGCAUGGUAAGUCAGGACCACCAAGACCCUGCCUGGUCACCUUCCUGAUGGCCAUGGCUGCAGUGCUUGUGAUGAUGUAGAGACUUGUGAUAGCCCAGUAGGAUUUGCUGCUGGACUCCCAUGGCUGCAGCCUCCCUGCCCAGUAGGCAGGAAUCUCCCCCAGUCCAGCUACUUCUACACCUCCAUGGCCAAGGUCCCCAGCUCCA